AUGCUGAAGCACCUGUGUCACGGCGAGGCGGCAGCUCAGCAGGGGGUCAAGGGGAAGAGGGCGAGGCCGGCCGUCCUCUCCCCGACCCCUCAUCGUCUCCGGAAAGGGGCGCAGGCCCACGAGGGGAGGACGGGACCUUUGGAGAAAAAGGAGGAGGAAGGAAGAUGGGAGGAGGACCCCACCCAUCUUCCUUUACGCACGACCCCAAACCGGUCCGGCUGCCGGCACUGCCCCACGCCACGGUGCGUCUGCGUCUGGCUCGCCGACGCGCUUGCAGGGUGCUACGCCGCCCUACCCGCCAAGCGGCAGCUCCAGCAGCGCGGCAGACGAGAGCUCUGCGCGAAGUCGGUGCUGACGCCCUUCGUCUCGCGGCUUGUGCGACUCGCGCGGCUUCGCCCGGGUGAGACGUUCUACGAUCUGGGCUGCGGCAACGGCAGCGUGCUCUUCCAGGUCGCGCUGAUGACGGGGGUGCGGUGCGUGGGGGUGGAGAUCAAUCCAACGAACGCGGAGGUCGCGCGGGCAGCGUGGGAGGAGCUGCGGCCAACCCUCGAGCGCCGCUGCAGGCGCCGGCUCGACAUUGAGAUCCGCUGCGCGGACCUCUGUGAGGUUCUCAAGGGGGAGGAAGUAGUGAGCGCGCCGUGUGUGAUAUGGGCCGCGAACCUCCUCCUCCCAAAGGCGACGAACCACUACCUCUCCGAGCGUCUACGCGCCUGCGCGGUGGGGACACGCAUCUUCUGUUUUGAAGAUCUUUACCCGCAUAAUCGCUCGAUCACCAGAGUCCGAGAUCCAGAUGCUUUUGAGCGUUUUGAGAUGAAGGAUUUUGUCUGGCAGCCGAUGUCUGUAGAAUGGUGUGACCUUGAAGGGGAUUUCUAUCUUUAUACACGGAAGUAG